CGGCUGCUCCUUCCUGGGCCCGAUCAAAAAUCCAUUCCAAGUGUACAAAACAAAUCCAUUCCUUCUGAGCUUCACAAAUCACGAUGUGCGGUUCCCUAACGCUCACCUCUUUUGGUUACUCCCCAAACAAUAUCCCAGUAUCUGAUUCAGAAUUCCUGUUUCAUUGAUCCAACAUUCCUUCUCUUUCCUCCUGGAGGAAGUUUACUCGAUGCUUCAUAACGACAACAAGAGCGAGGAACGCCCAUAUUAUUCUCCCAAUCUCCCUCUAUAACUCAUUUGUCAGCUCUUGCUCCUUGCAGGUGGGGAGCAAAUUGACCUGAAGAAUAUAUUUGUUUUGUAUAAUCAUUUCCUAAGUUUCAGGCUGCCAUAUCAGGGAUUUGUCUGUUGUCAAAGAAAUUAAGGAUGAAAAUGUCUUUAAGAGAAGGAACAUUGAAUUUAGUGAUGAAGAAAGGUUAACUCCAUGACGCCAUUAAUUGGAGAACAACUAACGACCCAAGAACAAUUUUUGUGGUGUCUCUCACAACUACUUGUGUCUUUCUCAUUGGACUCAAUUUUCAGAUCAAAGAAGGGGAGGUUUUCCAACAGUUCCUUGAAGAAGAUGGAAGUUUCCAGACCUCUGAAAUCUGAUUGUAGAUUAAAGCACCGUUCUCUGACCCCUAUUAGGAUUUUAAGGGGUCUGUUAUGCUUAGUGGUGUUUAUUUCUACAGCUUUUAUGUUUUUAGCCUAUUUUACACCUGUGGCAGCUGUGUUAAUGCGGCUUUUCAGUAUACGUGGUAGUAGGAAGGCCGUCUCAUUCCUCUUUGGACUUUGGCUAGCCCUGUGGCCUUCUUUAUUUGAAAAGAUAAACAAAACUAAAGUGGUCUUUUCUGGAGAUAGUAUUCCGAUGAAGGAACGUGUUGUACUUAUUGCAAACCACAGAACUGAGGUUGAUUGGAUGUAUUUGUGGAAUCUUGCCCUUCGAAAGGGACGUCUGGGCGACAUAAAAUACAUUCUUAAGAGCAGCUUGAUGAAGCUGCCUAUUUUCGGUUGGGGAUUUCACAUUCUGGAGUUCAUUGCAGUGGAGAGGAAGUGGGAGAUAGAUGAGCCAAUAUUGCUCAGCACGCUUUCCACAUUAAAGAACCCUCAGGAUCCUUUGUGGCUGGCAAUUUUUCCGGAAGGAACUGAUUAUACCGAAGAGAAGAGCAAAAAAAGUCAAAAUUAUGCAGCUGAAGUGGGGCUUCCUGUGCUAAAAAAUGUGCUCCUUCCAAAAACUAAAGGUUUUUAUGCUUGCUUGGAAGUUCUACGAGACUCACUGGAUGCAGUAUAUGAUGUAAGCAUUGCGUACAAGAAUCAAUGCCCUUCUUUCCUGGACAAUGUCUUCGGGACCGAUCCGUCAGAAGUGCACAUACAUGUUCGGCGUAUCCCUAUUGAUGGCAUUCCAGCUUCUGAAACCAAGGCUGCCUCUUGGCUAAUGAAUGCGUUCCAGAUGAAGGACCAGUUGCUUUCUGAUUUCCAUAUUAAAGGCCAAUUCCCUAGUCAACUAAACGAAAAGGAACUAUCUACGUUCAAGUGCCUGGUUACUUUUGCUGUGGUAGUUUCUUUGACUGCCGUGUUCACUUAUCUUACAUUUUUUUCUCUCAUUUGGUUCAGGGUGUAUGUGGGCCUGUCUUGUGUAUAUCUCGCUAGUGCUACAUGUUUCAAACUUAAAUUGAUGCCGCUUACAUACUAUGUUAAUGCACUCUUUUACAGCAAAAAACAAAAGAGUGGAUAAUGAUCGCUUUUAGAAUUGCAAUAGACAUGUUGGAUGAUGAUGAACCUGAUCUUGAAUUGUUCAAGACAAUUGUUUUUUGUUAAAUGCUAUUCAUAAAAUUAUAUUUAAAUGGUUAA